AUGCAUAUAAAAACCGCCCAGACAGAAAAACGGACACACUUCAAUAGAACUAGUCAACAUGGCAUUCAAAUUUGUUGUAUUCACCGCAUUCGUUGCUGUAGCUCGUGCUGGUGUCCUUUCAGGAUACGCCGCCCCCUUGAGCUACGCCGCCCCAGCUGUAGCUAAAGUAGCUUACUCUGCUGCCCCUGCUGUCUCAUAUUCUAGCGUAUCAGCCCCAGUAGCCUCCUAUGCCAAAGUUGCUGCACCAGUCGCCUACUCUGCUCCAGCCUACUCCCACGCCGCUCCAGUCUACUCCCACGCCGCUCCAGUAUACUCCCAUGCCGCUCCAGCUUACUCCUACGCCGCUCCAGCUGUGAAAGUAGCCGCCCCAGUUGCCUAUGCCGCCCCCAUUGCCAAGACCAUCGUUGCUGAGGCUCCAGCCAACUAUAAUUUCGGCUAUUCCGUCAAUGACCCCCACACCGGAGACAGCAAAAGCCAACAAGAAUCAAACGACAACGGUGUUGUCCACGGAAGCUACUCCCUCGUUGAAGCUGACGGAUCCAGACGUAUCGUUGAAUACACCGCUGAUGACCACAACGGUUUCAACGCUGUUGUACACAAGGAACCAGGUGCAGUAGCUGUCAAAGCUGUAGCUCCGGUUGUUGCCAAAGUAGCUGCUCCUCUUGCUUACGCUGCUCCAGUUGCCCACGCCUAUGCUGCCCCAUUAGCUCACGGAUAUGCUUCCCCAGUAUUGGUUGCCAAAGUAGCUGCUCCUCUUGCUUACGCUGCUCCAGUUGCCCACGCCUAUGCUGCCCCAUUAGCUCACGGAUAUGCUUCCCCAAAAAACAGACACAAUUCAAUAGAACUACUCAACAUGGCAUUCAAAUUUGUUGUAUUCACCGCAUUCGUUGCUGUAGCUCGUGCUGGUGUCCUUUCAGGAUACGCCGCCCCCUUGAGCUACUCUGCCCCAGCUGUAGCUAAAGUAGCUUACUCAGCUGCCCCUGCUGUCUCAUACUCCAGCAUAUCAGCACCAGUAGCCUCCUAUGCCAAAGUUGCUGCACCAGUCGCCUACUCUGCUCCAGUCUACUCACACGCCGCUCCAGCUCUUUCCUACGCCGCUCCAGCUGUGAAAGUAGCUGCUCCAGUCGCCUAUGCCACCCCCAUUGCCAAGACCAUCGUUGCUGAGGCUCCAGCCAACUAUAAUUUCGGCUAUUCCGUCAAUGACCCCCACACCGGAGACAGCAAAACUCAACAAGAAUCAAACGACAAUGGUGUUGUCCACGGAAGCUACUCCCUCGUUGAAGCUGACGGAUCCAGACGUAUCGUAGAAUACACCGCUGAUGACCACAACGGGUUCAACGCUGUUGUACACAAGGAACCAGCUGCAGUAGCUGUCAAAGCUGUAGCUCCGGUGGUUGCCAAAGUAGCUGCUCCUCUUGCUUACGCUGCUCCAGUUGCCCACGCCUAUGCUGCCCCAUUAGCUCACGGAUAUGCUUCCCCAGUAUACCACCACUAAACCUGAAUCGUGUUCUAUGUUAA